UAAUAACAAAUAUAAAAGAAAAAGAAAAAUCUAUCUUUCCUGGUGUUUUUUUUUUCCUUUGAAAAAAAUGCAGUAAUCUCAGUUAACGCUUCACGCGAUCUCACCCUUUUUGUUGCUCCUCCGUCCCUUCUCCCACCUGCCGUCUCUGUCUCCCUUUCACCUCGCCGUCGCCGUCGCCGUCGCCGUCGCCAUCUCCCUCAGCUCGCCAUUACGAGAUUCCAUCUCAGAUUGUCAGCUCUUCUCACACCAUCUUCACACCUUAGUUUUUGGUCUACCUCCUUAGAGGUUGAUUUUGCUUCGAAGCUCUCGAAACCUGUUGGAAUAUUUUCCCAGCGAAUUGUCUCCGAUCUUCCACCUCCUACAGAAUGGAGAAUUCAAAAAUUCAAGAGAUUUUGGAGAAGCAGGUCCUGACGGUGGCGAAGGCUGUGGAGGAUAAGAUUGACGACGAAAUUCAAGCGCUUGAUCGUCUUGACCUUGACGAUUUGGAGGCUUUGAGGGAGCGAAGACUGCAGCAGAUGAAGAAGAUGGCGGAGAAGAGGAAUCGAUGGAUCUCUCUUGGCCAUGGCGAAUACUCUGAGAUUCCCGUUGAGAAGGACUUCUUCUCCGUUGUCAAGGCUAGUGAUCGCGUUGUGUGCCACUUUUACCGUGAAAAUUGGCCCUGCAAGGUUAUGGACAAGCACUUGAGUAUUUUGGCCAAGCAACAUAUUGAGACACGUUUUGUAAAAAUCAAUGCUGAGAAAAGUCCAUUUCUGGCUGAGAAGUUGAAGAUCGUUGUUCUUCCAACCCUUGCUCUGAUCAAGAAUGCCAAAGUAGAUGACUAUGUGGUAGGAUUUGAUGAGCUCGGUGGAACGGAUGAGUUCAGCACAGAGGAAUUAGAGGAUAGAUUGGCAAAAUGUCAAGUCAUCUUCCAUGAAGGUGAAUCAUCCAUAAAUACUUCAAAAUCUAGUGCACAGACCAGGAGGAGUGUACGACAAAGUACGAGAUCAGACUCAUCGGAUUCGGAAUAAGUUAACAUUUCAGGUGUUGUAGUGCUUGGCUGGUAUGAUUAUGCAUUUAUUCUAUAUUCAAAAGUGAAGAGUAUUAUCAAUGUCUGCAAGUUCGAUUAUGUCUUUAAGUUCACUCCAUUAAUGGCAUAAAUGUGGUAUUUUUGCUAGUGUUAGUGCAAUGGAUGCACAUUUUUACUACAUGAUAUCUCUAAAGUUCUUGUAGUUGCUGUGUAUUCGGAAUAUGAAAGUUAUGGGUUUGAGAAACAUAAAAGCAUCUCGUCAUGUGGGGAAUCUUUUUUGACUGUGCAAUUACAUGUUUCUUGUUUAA